AUGGCGGAAGGGAAAUUACGAGCUGGGAAAAAGUCGCGUUCGCGCUCGUCGUCGCACAGCCACAGCCCCACGUACGAGUGUCGCUUUUGCCAGCGACAGUUUGGCAAGGUGUACAACCUCAUGAUUCACGAGAGGUCUCACAAGGAGAAUUCUCCCAGCACGGUUAUGUAUCAUUGUCAGGUGUGCGACAAGGGAUUCAACAAGCAACAGGCCUUGCAAGAUCACAAACCCUGA